AUGGCUAUCAGAGAUCUGCUACAAGCUAUCCAGUUGCAAGAUACCUACUUCGCAAACCAAUGGAGGCAGCGGCUAACGGAGUAUGAGGAAAGACGAAACUCCCAGAGAGCUACCUCAGAGUCCUCUAUAGCCCUAGUGAAAGUAGAUGGCUUUGCUCCUACAUUCCAUGGUGUUCUAUCUGACUAUCGCGACCAUCGCCAAGUUCAGAACCAAGCACCUUUGGCUGGGGGUUCUGGCCGCCUCGCAUUUACGGCUACUCUGAAUGGGCAACCCCCCGCUGGUAGGAAUCAGCAAAACCUUCAGAAGAAGAUAUGCGUCUGCGGCCGCUCUGGGCAUCCCUGGAAGAGGUGUUAUGAGAUUAAUUGGACUCUCAGGCCUACCGAUUUCAAAUCGAAUAAGGAGGCUCGGAAGAAGACUGAAGAGAAUCUCAAACGGGAGCCGCCCCAAGUGCAACAGGAGAUUAUGCAGAUGCUGCAGUCAGAUCCUUCGAAGAAGGGCAAAACCGCUCAGUUAGCAAUAACUGCUAGUGAUGAUCUGCCUACUGAGACGAUUGCAUUUUUCACUGCUACUAUCUCACCGGAGGUCUAUCAUGCAGCAAUAACCUAUUCCCUCAAAAACAACUGGGUUGUUGACUCAGAAGCGAAUGUACACAUCUGCAACCAGAAGGAGAGAUUCCUAAAUUUGAGGAAGGAUUUAGCAGAGAUUACCCUUGGUAACGGUCACUCUACAGUGCAAGGGCGUGGGACUGCUCGUAUUAUCGUGAGAAAUCCUCAGAGUGGCAAGACUCAAUGGGCCACCCUCACCGAUGUAUGGUAUGCGCCAGACUUUGCAACAAAUAUCAUCUCUGCCCGAUAG